AUGGGGGCAAUCAGACUCAGGGCCAGCGUUAUACCCUGUGCACAGCGUUAUACCCAGUGCCAGCGUUAUACCCAGGGUCAGCGUUAUACCCAGUGCCAGCGUUAUACCCAGGGCCAGCGUUAUACCCAGGGCCAGCGUUAUACCCAGUGCCAGCGUUAUACCCAGGGCCAGCGUUAUACCCAGGGUCAGCGUUAUACCCAGUGCCAGCGUUAUACCCAGGGCCAGCGUUAUACCCAGUGCACAGCGUUAUACCCAGGGCCAGCGUUAUACCCAGGGCCAGCGUUAUACCCAGUGCACAGCGUUAUACCCAGUGCCAGCGUUAUACCCAGUGCACAGUGUUAUUCCCAGGGCCAGCGUUAUACCCAGUGCCAGCGUUAUACCCAGGGCCAGUGUUAUACCCAGUUCACAGUGUUAUACCCAGUGCCAGUGUUAUACUCAGUGCCAGGGUUAUACCCAGGGCCAGCGUUAUACCCAGUGCCAGUGUUAUACCCAGUUCACAGUGUUAUACCCAGUGCCAGUGUUAUACUCAGUGCCAGGGUUAUACCCAGGGCCAGCGUUAUACCCAGGGUCAGCGUUAUACCCAGUGCCAGCGUUAUACCCAGUGCCAGCGUUAUACCCAGGGCCAGCGUUAUACCCAGGGCCAGCGUUAUUCCCAGGGCCAGCGUUAUACCCAGGGCCAGUGUUAUACCCAGUGCACAGCGUUAUACCCAGGGCCAGCGUUAUUCCCAGGGCCAGUGUUAUACCCAGUGCACAACGUUAUACCCAGGGCCAGCGUUAUACCCAGUGCCAGCGUUAUACCCAGUGCACAGUGUUAUACCCAGUGCCAGCGUUAUACCCAGUGCCAGCGUUAUACCCAGGGCCAGCGUUAUACCCAGGGCCAGCGUUAUACCCAGUGCACAGCGUUAUACCCAGGGCCAGCGUUAUACCAAGGGCCAGUGUUAUUCCCAGGGCCAGUGUUAUACCCAGUGCACAGCGUUAUACCCAGGGCCAGCGUUAUACCCAGUGCCAGCGUUAUACCCAGGGCCAGUGUUAUACCCAGUUCACAGUGUUAUACCCAGUGCCAGUGUUAUACUCAGUGCCAGGUUAUACCCAGGGCCAGCGUUAUACCCAGGGUCAGCGUAA